AUGGAUCAGACUGUGGAUAUCGCCGAUACACCUACCACUCAUACAGGAAUUAGAACAAUUGUGUCCCAUAGACGGCCAGGGAGAGCAGCACUGCAACGGUCGCGUGCUAAAUGUAAGGAACGCCGAAAGGCACGCCUUUUGGCACUAGUUGCAGAAGCGACUGCUUUGCAAAUAGACGAACGACCAAAAGACCAGCAAGAGCAGCAGAAGCAGCAGGAGCAGGAGCAGCAUCAGCAGCCUCCUGGACAGCAGAAUCUUGCAGAUAAGAAAAAACAACUGCAGACGCUGCAACAAGAGAUGCGGAAGUUGCAGGAAGAAAUAAAGACCCUGCAAAAUAAUGACGGAAACAGAGGCAGGGACAGCGGCUGGAACAGAGGCAGGGCCAGAGGCUGGGGCAGAGGAAGAGGCAGAGGGAGAGGCAGGGAUCAAAGUGUACAAUGA